AUGGCCGGCACUAAACGCGCACGCUCACCUUCACCGUCGCUUUCUCAUAUUUAUUCUAACAAGAGGUCUAAUCCUGUGAGGGAAGGACGUGUAGAUCCUGUCUAUGGUCAGCGAAGUGCACUUCCUGCGGAUGAUGACUCUAUCAGCUUGGAUGAGGACGGACUAGAUGCACUGAGCUAUUUGAGAUCUGUCAGAGCCGAAGCAGGUGACCUUCCGCCCAUAUUCUACGCGCAAGCAGAGACAAGAAGCCCAAAUGCCAGCGGCGAGUACGAUCGAUCCAUAUAUGAAGGUGGCGUAGGCGAUUUCAGAGGAUAUUAUGAGGACGGUGCUUAUUUCGCCGCGGCAGAAGUUGAAGAUGACAUAGAAAAUGAGCAAGAUGAAGGCCAAGACCCUCAAUUGGCGUACUUCAACUCUAUCAUAACGCGAUUCGAAAUUCUGCGAGAGCAAAUGCAACGAACCCCCCCGCCCAACCUAGUAAAGGAUUUAGAUGCAGAUCAUCCCACAUAUUUAACCACAUUGAACACAAAGCUUUGCAGAUGGUGGAGAUGGAAAUUGAAGACAGUUGAUCCUCUACCUGCGCAGGUCGCGAGUAUGGAUAAGGAUACAGUUUUGAGGUUGUUAAGGCUCCUCACUGGCGGCACUUUGUUGCAAAAUGGCUCCGAUAUCAAUAUGAAGGUUAGUAGGUGGGCUUGGGCAUUAUUAGCUAGGCUACCGGUAAGAGGGGAAUUGAGUAGCGAUGAAAUAGGGGUCGUAAGGGAGCUAGGAAAGAAAGCUGUGAUGCUUGGCGUUGGGUUAAAGGCGGGUAGUGGCUUGAAAGAUGAGUUAGAUGAGGUAGAAAAGGUAUUUGAAGCCGACAAUGGGGUUGAAAUUGAGGAUAACGAAAGGGCUUUCAAUCCUGAAGAUGAAAAUGUAAUAGAGGGAGUCGAAGACCAUCUGCAAGGGGAACAACAGUUGAAAGAGAGGCUCAAUGGUGUUAAGCAGACAUCAGACUCGACAGAAAACUUCACACUGUCGAUCGCGACGGACAAGUCUACCCCGCAAGAAGAAGAUUCGGGGUCGACAUUGGAUUCCCAUGAAUUGGAGGCAAUCAAAGCACGCUUACUCGCCAAUCUCACUUCAAACCCUUCGACUGUCGAGACGACUACAGCUUCAGAUCCUCAUCCGCCCAAGGAGGAAGAAUCUAUCCCUUCCACAAUCGAAACGGCAACCUCCAAAUCAGCGCAAACGGCUAACUGGAACACCAGUGCGACAAUUGAUAUGAUAAUCACCAUUGCAGGUGAGAUGUACGGACAGAGGGAUCUGUUGGAGUUUAGAGAAGUAUGGGGUGACUGCGCUAGCCGUAUCACGGUUCAAAUGUCGAAGAACGAAGCAGAGAGAGCACACGGAGCAUUAUCAGAUAGAUGUAGGAAGUUAUUUGAGCUUAAUUCUUGCAUUGACUUGUCUCUAUAG